CCCAACCUGGCUCGCUCAGCUCUCAUAGUUAUCGACAUGCAAAACCACUUCUUCAGUAUCGCGGGACACAUCGUGAAACGCCUAAUACCGCUGAUCGAGCUGUACCGUGAGCGGAACCUACCAGUCAUCUUUACCCAGCACGGACACCUUCCCGACGACAAGGGAUCUCUUGUGCGACGCUGGGGCCCCCCAGGAAACGGGUCCAUCCUGCGCUAUUCGGACGAUUGGAAGCUUAUGCCCGAACUUGACAAGCUAGCAGCUCACGACGAGCGACUCGAGGAUAAGAGCCAGUACGACGCUUUCCUGAAUACCGCCCUGGAGGAGCGUCUUCGAGCGAGGGGUGUCACCACUGUCGUCAUCACCGGGACACUCACCAACCUAUGCUGCGAGACCACCGCCCGCGAGGCGUUCUGCCGAGACUUUGAGGUGGUGGUCUUGGACGAUGGAUGCGCUGCUGCAAGUGCGAAGCAUCAUCGCGCAACUCUGGAGAACAUCGAGUUUGGCUUC